CCCAUCAGCCCUCAGUGGAGGCGUGGCCGGAGAUGAUGCUGACAGCAGAGGGGACUCCAGGUGACGGUUGGUUGGUUCGUCAGGGAGGGGUGGGUCCAGACCCUGUGCUGCGGCAGCUGCUGGGGAAGGACACGCUGGGUCCCAGGGAGAGGCUGCCUCCGGCGGGGGGCCCCGUGGCCCCUGGGGCCCGCAGGCCGGGGCUCGUGGAGAGGAGAGAGCUCAAACUAGCCAGACUCAAGCAGAUCAUGCAGCGCUCUCUGAGCGAAUCAGAUUCAGACGGUUAUCCACCAGAGGAAGGUAAAACUCAAGACGCCUCUGCCUCAAACACACUGCGACCCGAUAGGCCGUCCCACCUGCCAAUCACAGAGGAGGAGCCAGCGCCAACCCAACUUACCCUGAUGAAUAGGAAGCCCCUCCCCUCCUCCAUGUCUUUCUCUUCCACAGCUGAGAGGAAGCUGGCGUUUACUCUCAGCGGGUCCAAGUCAGCGGAUAGCGUCGGAGUCAACCCCUCCCCCACCUCCAGCGACCCCGAGGCGGCCGACGGUAAAACUCCAGACGCUCCCGCCGACCUCCACGACGGCGCUAACGGGCAGAAGGUUGCCACCAGCCCCAAGAGCGCCCUGAAGUCGCCUUCGUCUCGCAGGAAGACGUCUCAAAACCUCAAACUGAGGGUCACCUUCGACGAGCAGGUGCACAAGAGCGCCACUCAGGAGGCAGAGCAGACCAAAGGGCAUCAUGGGAAGGAGAGGACUCCAACAGGAAGCUCUGAAAGCAAGCGGUCGUUCGGGGCGUUCCGCUCCAUCAUGGAGACUCUGAGCGGAAACACAAACCACAACAACAACAACAGUCAGCCAGGCUCCACCUGUCAGAACUCACCCGGCAGGAAGUCAGAGAGUAAAGGCAGCCCAGCAGGAGGGGGGGGGGCCCGGGGCAAGAGCAAAACCAGUAAUGUUUAACUAACCAGUGCCCCCUGAAGGACAGAGAGCCCAUAGCAAACAAAACACAGCACAGAGUACACAGAGAGAGGCAGCCAACAUGAGAAAUGUAUCGUGAGUAACCUAAAGAAGGGUGUCAUUUUUAAUUUUUCAUCACAAUUGAACACGUAUACUGAACACUUUCACUAACAAACAGGGCAGGAAUCAGCAGAACUUACCGUUUCCAACAAUAGCACAUAUAUCUUUAAUGUCCAUUGAAGGAUAAACGUCUAUAAAUCCAUUUAGAAAUUGCAUGAAAUAAUACAAUUCUAAAAAAAGUUUGGAUGUAUUCCACAGCUAAGACACUAGUCAACUUGUUAAAAAAUGAGGUCCUAUUUGUUUUCCUCACCACUCCUAACCGAGAAAUGUCACUGGUCAAGGAAAGAAUAAGAAUAAGAAGGAGAAUUCAUCAGGAUUUAGGAAAAGAAAAUGUGGGUGGUGAGAGAAUCCGACUGCUCUUAGACUGGGCGACGUGUUCAGGAUGCUGAUUAGCUGAAGUCCGUUUUACACUUUAUACACUAUAUAUCUGUUAUAUUGCAACUACACGCCGAUUAGGAAAUUAAUUGGUCUUUUGGUAAUUUAUCACCGAUAAAAUGAAAUCAAUAUAUUUCAUUUCACUUGGACUUAAAAGUAAAUUAGUGAAGGUGACUUUUCGAUGAAGACCAUUAAAUGUUCAUCUUAAAUCUGGGUAAACAGCAUUUGUUCUCUUUUACCCAUAAUCCCCCAACAUUACUUCCUCAAACAUACUUGAUUAUAUACUAAAUAAUUCCUUAAAAAGGUUUCAGGCAACUUUUUGAAUAAAAAAACCUUUACUCAAGGUCCACUGACAAUCUUUUUAUAGAUCUUGUCACUCCAAGAAACUGUUUGAGUUAGGAUUAUUUCACUUUCACACUCUUAUGAACAGUUUAAAGUUAAUUAUUUGUUUCAGUUUGAUUACCAUAUGUUUCUCAUGUUCUUUGCUUCCUAUGUUUGACUCUUGAUGUUUUUUCUACAGUUUAAGACAAACAAAGCUGUUGCUGUUUGUUUUCUUGUUCAAAUGCGUUAAAUCACUACAAAUGAAUAAGAAGAACAUAAUAAUGUGUUUUAAUGAUACUGAAGCAAUUGCUUUUAUUGAAGGACUGAAAAAAAUUGGAGUAUUAAUCAGCGUCCUGUAGAAAUCUCACAUCAGCAAAAAAAAAAAAUGUCAUACAUUUUGAAUUUCUUCACAUUUAAGGUUACAUUGGUUUUCUUAAACUAAAAGGUGUCAAAUGUUUUCUAAACAGAAAGCAAAGUUGCUCUGAACUCCACUAAAGAUGAAGUAUUAGUAUUUAUGUUUAUGCACACAUAUGAUUCGAAAAAAAAGUGGUUACAAUUGCGCACCUGGUUAACGUGCACCAGCACAAAUAGUUUAAUUUUAAUUUUCCUUUGCAUCAUAUUCCACAUUUUCUUGUUUUUUUUCAUGGGUAUUAUCUGCAGUAUUUUUGGCAUGAAGUGGACUUUACUUGUGUGACAAGGAGGUUUAAGGAUGCACCUUCUAGCGGCGGACAAACGGCAGACCUUAUGAACUUUAAGAGACAGAAGUUGAUCAUUCCAACUCCAGAGAUUUUAAACUCCUGACAAACUUUCCCGAAGCUUAAAACCUGACAACUGGGGCUGUUUCAGUGUGGCAAUACUUGGUAGCUGGAAUUACGAUAUUAAUUGUAAAUAAUGGGCAGGAAUGAGUCCUAAACCCGGACAUAAGUUAGCGUUUUAGCGCUUCCGGGCUUCCUCAUAUCAAAGUCAAUGCAUUUAUGAAUACAUUUUUGGUUGGGUACCCAUCACAAGUUUGAGAGAUUUUCACGUUUUGUACUACGACAACAAAUGUGCAGAUUAUCCUGCCAAACAAAAUGUGUUAUUAUUGAGACUCUUAAGCCUUACUAGCAGCUUCAAGAGGAAGCAACCUCAAAGUUUACCAGGGUAGGACAGAACUGUUCUGUUCAGCAGGAUAAUCCCCACAUAUCGCGAUUACCAGAAGUAAAACCUAAUGUUAGGCUACAUUACGGUCACAUUACUUCAUGUAAACACCGCUAAGCUAAAGGAGGCUAAUGUUUGGCGUGAUGACGUUUAGUUGUCUCAUUUAGUCACUUAUUUGUUAAAAUGAUAAAUGAUACAAAUACAGAAUUCAGCCUUGGCUCUCUUUGUUGCUUUGGUAGAACCUGGAUCACACCUGUUAUGUGUAGUUUCCAUGUUUAGGGUUAAUGCAAAUACUGUUUUUGGUUCCGAUGAAGCGGAAUACUUCUCAUUGCUUAGAUCUGUGAGACUCUGGUGUGUUUUCUACUCAGAUUUAUUUCUAGCUUUACACACUCUUUGGCUGUUGAGGUUAUGAUGGUGGAUAUUUUUGAGGCAGUGGAUUCUGGGAGGAUUUCCUGCAUCCACUUUGCUGGUUCUGACUUUUUAAAGGUACAGUCCAACAUAAAAAGGUUGGCAGCUUCAUCUGUACAUUUUAAUGAUUUAAGUGAAGAAAAAGAACGUGGGAUUUCUUAUUCGGUUCAAACUUAAUCCAUUUGUUAGUUGGUUAAAUGUGAGGGUCUUUGAAGCUUCCUGGAAAUAAGGAUUAUUUGUUACCUUCCAAAUGAUGCAUCCAGUUAUUUAAUUCCAAUAAAUAUAAUGGCUUGCAAAUAAUACAUAAUAUAUUUCCAAAUGUAAUAAUAUUACUAAAUAUGAACUUGGUUUUAAAUGGAUCCUUCAUUCAUAUUUCAACAUAGCAAGCUACAAUAAUUUGCCUAUAUUUUUCUUCAUAAUCGGUUCUUUCCAAGGAAACUGAGUGUUGCCAAACUUUUUUAGAGAAGUUUUCCAGACUCCAUUGCCUCAGAAUCAAGUUCACUGCCAAAACAAUCAGUGUUAUGUCUAUGGGUUUAUUUGUGUCUGUGAGCUUGUCUUUAAAAUGCAGUUUAUUUUAUUCACAGUUUCUUUAUUUCAAGCAUUCCUUCAGGAAGAGGAAGGCAUCUCUGCAUUGUAUAACAGAAACAAACUGAACUCGUCCUCUCUGUUUUCUGUUUACUAUGAACUCUUGAGACGGAGAGUGGUGCUGCAUUCUUUCAGAACAAAACGACGCAAUAUCAGUGAAGGUAUGAGGAGACUGUCCGAUGUGAACUUAAUGUGCGAUCCUAAGAAGUGAAAAAGAAGCUGAACGAGUGGGACAAUGUUUCAAGAACAUUAGAGUUAAGAUUUGUAAUCACAUUGACUUUUCUUGACCAUCCACUGAUGUUUCUUUUUGUACAGAAUGACGGACAUUUGUUAUUUGACAUUAAAGCACCACACAGGUGUUUUGCAUCUUUUCAGCUGAGCACUUCCUUUGCAUGACUUCAUUCUACUGUUUGCCUCUUAAUUAUUAUACGAUUGUUGGCUUAAUAUCACUUUACUUUUUCCUAGGAAGCCAUUGGUCUUUAGUUCACUUCUUUGAGAACCAACCAGCAAAGACCUGACCCUUCUGUCUGCUGCUGUACCACAAGUCAGUAUUGAACUCAGUACCUUCA